AUGAUCACCAACAAGCUGGCAAUUGGCAGUCUUUCAUUGGGUCAGCAUCCUUCUCAUGCUCUAGACCUUAAAAUCCGCGUUGCAGCCCAAGCAGGAUUCGCUGGCAUCGAAAUAGUGUUUUCAGAUUUGGAAAGAUUCUCUCACUCCAACAACUUAUCUCUGUUCAAAGGCGCCAGCAGAAUAAAGGCGAUCUGUGAUGAAAAUCAUCUCAGCAUCCUCUCGUUGGCCCCCUUCGAGAAUUAUGAGGGAGACCCGUCGCCAUUGGCUGAUAGGCUACAGAAAGCCACGCAAUGGAUCGAAGUUGCCAGGGUACUACACGCACCGUUCUUGCAAGUUCCUGCCCAGUAUGGCGCUGAUGCUAUUGGCGAUGAGGACGUGAUAAUAAGCGAGUUGCGGCAACUAUGCGACUUGGCAAGCUCCAAGCCAACACUUGUCUCGGUCGCUUAUGAGCCAAUGUCUUGGUCGACCUAUCACUCAACGUGGGAAUCUUCAUUGAAGCUAGUGGAAUCUGUCGCUCGGGAGAACUUCGGGUUGUGUCUCGAUACCUUCCAUAGCAUCACAAAGUUAUGGGCGGAUCCUUCCGCACCUUCGGGAAAGUAUCCUGAUGCAGACGAUAUUCUGCGCGAAUCUCUACGUCGCUUUGUACGAGACUGUCCUCUGGAAAAGAUAUUCUUCGUGCAACUGUCCGACGGUGAGAAGUUUGAUCCUCCGUUCUCCAAAGAACACCCGUGGCAUUUGGAAGGCGAGGCUCCUCAGUUUACUUGGUCAAAGCAUGCACGUCCGUUCCCGUACGAGGCCGAAUUUGGCGCAUACAUGCCGGUUACUGAGGUUGCGAGGGCGUGGAUUGUCGAGACAGGCUACACCGGUUGGGUAUCAAUGGAGAUCUUUGAUCGUCGUAUGCGAGAUAAGGGUAGGCAAGUGGAACAUGCUGCUAUGCGAGGCAUGGAAUCUUGGAGAAAACUCAAACAGGAGCUCGAGGCUACAGGGCCAAAGCUAUGA